UUUAUUGUGCUUCAGCUGUGACAGCCCUGGGACGGCCGUGCCCUGUACUGACACUCGUGGAUCUCUUUCCCUGCCAAGCCACCGCGUGUUCCCCGCAGCGUUUCUGAGGAGCCCGCGGCCCGUGGGCCCCUCAUGGAGCAGAGACAGCCCAGCAUGGAAAACUGCACUGACGGUGAUGCACAGCGCAGCAUUGUGGUGCUUCAGCUGGUUGUGUACAUCCCAGUGCUCGCUCUGGGGAUCCCACUGAACGCAAUUGCCUUCUGGGUCUUCUGCUGCAAACUCAAGAGGUGGACCGAGACCAAGGUGUACAUGAUCAACCUCAUCGUGGCUGACAGUUUCCUGCUCUUCACCCUGCCCUUCCUGCUGUAUUUUACCAAGUACAGACACCCCAUAGACCAGCUGUGUUUAGCCAUACAAAACAUCUAUUUUACAAACAUGCCUAUGAGCAUCCUUAUCAUCACCCUGAUUGCGGUUGAUCGAUACAUUGCAAUCAAGUUCCCUCUAAAAGCAAAGGUUCUUCGAUCCCCACUGAAAUCAGCUUCUGUCUGUGGUUUUCUUUGGAUAACACUGAUAAUUUAUUCCAAUUUGUAUCACACACUUCACAGUAGCUGGGAAGGUUGUUGCUUUCGGAAACAAUCUGUUACACCUAGAUAUUCCUCUUUAUUCACCAGUAUCGGCGGGUAUUUUAUUCCAUUAGGGAUUGUGAUUUUUUGCUCAGUACAAGUCAUCAGAUGUCUAAAGAAGAAGAUGGCUUCAAGUCCUCAUGAGACAAAAUUAUUCCAGAAGGCUGUGCACAUUGUUUCUGUGAAUUUGUGUGUGUUUGCUGUCUGUUUCUCACCUUUCCACAUGUCACUGCUCUUUCGGUUUGCAGUGGAAGUUGCUGGAGCACAUUCUCUGAUCCAGGGAGUUACAACCUAUCUUAAGGUCUCUGCAUGCUUAGCAAAUUGUAACUGCUGUCUGGAUGCAUUUUGCUAUUAUUUUGCAGCCAAAGAAUUCCCAGAGUUUUCUUCUGUGUUCCCCAAGUGUACAUUUAUGAGGUCCAAGAUGAACCAAAGUGAGGAGUCACAGCCACCCACGGAUCAAGCGAUCGUAUGAACAAGGUGUAGUGCAUGGCUGGUGUUGAGUGCCACAGUGCUGCUCAAGUUUUGAGGCACAGGGAAUGGAACCACCUACAGUGUUUGCAAUCAUUGUAGGUAUAUGUACAAAAAGGGGAAACACCUCCAAAGGGUCUGAUGUUAACUUGAAUUCUGUCCUGCUGUCUUCAGUGCCUUGACUCCAGCUCUGACCACUGUCUCAUAUCCUUGCAUCGCAGCUCCAGGCGCCUCCUGGUGACAGCUUGUCUUGGUUGGCUUCAUGGUCCUUCACUUUCAGCAUCUUCUGACUUGUAAACCUCUGAAAAAUCUCCGCCUGGGACUGCCAGCUCAUAUUCUGCUCAUGUAAACUUAGAGGCAAUUAACUUCCUUAGUGACAACUGACAUAGAGUUCCCCUACAAGUCUGUCUCCAUGCAGUGACACUCGUUCAGACCACAGUCUGAAACCACGACUAGACCUUGGUCAAAGAAACACGCAAAGGACAGUUCCCAGCACGGAAAGUGUCCCAAAUCCAAACAUUGCUUUGUGUCAGUUCUUUGGCAGACAUCACGGGGGAAGCUGCAGCGAACAGCUGUGCCACAAAAACAGAAGAAACU